UCAGUCUGAACGCGUCCACCGGAGUCGGUCCAACGCGAGAGAAACACGCCAAAGUCAACAAACUCGAUGUUAUGACCCAUAUUUAGGAACUUUUUACGGACUUUCUCCUGACCUACACCGAAUUUAGGACUUUUAAAAAGCAACGCAUUUUAUCUCCCUUUUCACGUAUCGGUGAUGCCCGCUGGUAUGUUCAGUAUCGACAGUAUCCUGGCCGGGAGACCCACUUGCAAGGACUCGGUGCUCCUCCAUCGGAAUCCCCCAGUGGUGUUCUCUAACCUCACGGAUUCCAUCUACACUGCUACCGAUUACAAUGGACUCUACUCGCACGCAACUGGACCUUCUCCCCCGGGGAUGCAGGCGGUGAACGGGACUAGAAUAGGAUAUAAUAACUAUUAUUACGGACAACUGCAUUUGCAGGGCCCCAAUGGCCCUGCGUGCUGCAGCGCUAUCCCAACCCUCGGCUCGCAACAGUGCCCAUGUAUUCCAACAGGUUAUGACAGCACGGGCUCCGUGCUCAUCUCUCCCGUCCCGCACCAGAUGAUGUCCUAUAUGAACGUGGGUACCUUGUCUCGGACCGAGCUCCAGCUCUUGAACCAGCUCCACUGCCGACGUAAGCGGAGACACCGAACCAUCUUCACCGACGAGCAGCUUGAGGCUCUGGAAAACCUUUUUCAGGAGACCAAGUACCCCGACGUUGGCACACGGGAACAACUCGCGCGGAAAGUGCAUCUACGUGAGGAGAAGGUCGAGGUGUGGUUCAAAAACAGACGAGCGAAAUGGAGAAGGCAGAAAAGGUCGUCCUCAGAAGAAUCUGAAAACUCACAGAAAUGGAACAAAUCGACGAAAAUACCCACAGAAAAAACCGAGGAAAGCAAAAGUGACGUGGAUUCUGACAGCUGAUGUUGGUCUGUCUAACACAAAACGAGAAAAGACCGUUGGUUGCAUAUAUGCGCAAAUCUUGCACAUCCACACCAAUACAUACACGAUUUAGACUUUUUGUACAUAGUGUAAAUGUCAUGUGGACUGAAGUAAUGAAAUGUGUUGCCAUGAUGUUGCACAGUUGUAUAGUAAAUAUGACUUUUUAUUAUUGCUAUGGGGGUAGGCUAUUUAUAUUUAAUUUAAAGUGUAAUGUUAUGCAUACCAUCUCGAAGAUGUGGUGUGCAAGGAGCCUGGACCGUGUCGCAAUACUUUGCGAUCUGACAUGACAUCUCAUAUGGAUAUUACUAAAUGUUAUAAAUCUGAUAUUGUUUUAUUAUAUUUGCGUGGUCUAUUCAUCAUCACGAUUUACUGAAACUCCAUCAAUGGGAGAAUAUAUUUUAGAGCUUACUAGACGGGGGCAACCUUUAUAAGAUAAAUGGACUGAAGUAUAUUUGUCAACUCGUUACCAACAGGCGUGUUUUGGGGAUUUUGACUGAAACGUUUUGUCUAUAUGUUGCAAUUAACGGCAAUUACAGUAAGAAUGAAUAUACAUUAAAUCAUAUCUGAAUCAUC